AUGGCCGACACGCUCGACGAUUCGGGUUUUCACCAUGAUGCCCCGGAUGCAGCUGGGAUCAGCCCCCUCCUCCGGGAUAAUCCUCUUCUCACACCUCUCGAGCAGGAAGUGCUCGAUGAAUACACGAAACUGCUCGAGAACAUGAACAAGCUCUCCGAUUCUCUUGCCCACCUAGCUUCUCGACCCGCAGCAGAGACCCUCGAUGCACUGCGAUUACUGGAGCGAAAGACCGCGACGGUGUAUACACUGCUAAAGGCAAGUGUGUACAGCAUAGUAUUACAGCAGCAGAUCUACAACGGGGAAGGGGAGGCAUGA